AUGGCCACCGACCAGCCACCUGCCAUCUUCAAGCUCCCGCCAGAGAUCCUCGUCCACGCCCUCGCCCAAGCCCCGCCGCAAGCCUGCUCGGCCUUCAGUCGCGCCAACUCGACAGCCCGCGACUCGGUCGACUGCACCGCCCUGUGGCGCGCCCUCCAUCGUGCCGCCUACGACCCGCCCCACACCUCCACCCCGGGGCCUCCGUACGACUGGGCCGCCCAGGUCAAGCGUCGCACUCGCGCCGAGGUGCUCAUCAGUCGCCUCAUCGACGACAGCAAGCCCGUCCCGCUCGACCUCCUCCUCCCCCUCCUCGACACGCUCGUCGACCUCGCCCGCACCCGCCCGCCCGUGCCCGCCGCACCGGCGCCGCCCGACUCGCUCAACGAGCGCUGGCUCGAGCAGUGGGUGCGCACCGCAGGUGCCGCCCUCGUCGCCCUCCACCCGACCCUCAGCGACCCGUCCAUCCGCGGCUUUCGCCCGUUGGCCUCGGUGCUCGCCGUACCUUCUCUCGGCACCUCCCCUCCUUCGUCGCCCGCCGCCCUCGUCUACGCCGCCCGCGUCCGCCAACUCGCCGCGCACCUGCACGUCCUCGCGACGCCCGCGCCCAUCGUGCGCGCCAUCCCGGCGCUCCGCACCGCCGCCAAGGAGAUCGUGUACGAGCAGAGCAACUUUCGCCGCGACAGCCUGUACGGCCCGUUCAUGAACGACGGCAGCGGCCGCGUCGACUGGCGCAAGGUCGAGGCCCUCGCGAGCGUGUGCGGCGCCAACCUCGCCGAGGCCAUCAGCCUCGGCUGGGGCACCGAGGACGACGACGACGGCGGCGGCGGCGGCGGCGGCGAGCAGGACGACGGCGACGAGGGCGGGCCCAUCGUGCCGCCGAGCGGCUGGCCAUCGACGCGCGCACACUCGGCGGGCCCCGUCCGCACCGACCCGGCCGGCCGCGACUGGGCGGGCGUCACGCACCCGGCCGGCUGGCGCGGCACGUACGCGUUCCUCCACUGGCCGACGUGGCACCACUUUAACCGUCACCGUGACGGCCCGCCGCCGUCGCUCGCGCACGAGCACGAGGCGGUCGGCGACCCGAUGGUGCUCCGGCUCGAGCUCUUGCCCGACGGCGAGUGGCCGCCCGAGAUCGACCAGCCCGACCUGAGCGCCGAGGGCCUCGCCGAGGAGGACGGCGACGAUGACGACGACGAGGACUGGGGCCAGGGAGGGAGCGAGGGCUCGAGCACCGAGGGCAGCAGCGACGACGACGAGCAGCCCUACUUUGCGACGACGGGCGGCGAGCCUGUUGCCGUCGACGAUGCAGGGCGCGUCGCGUCGGUCGGGCUGGAGGUGACGCCGCCGACCUCGCUGCCGGACGAGGGCGACGAGCGCGACAAGGGCCGGCUUGACGCGUCGGCCACCACGCUCGACCCGGACGACCCGCCCCUCUCGCCCGAGCAGCUCGCCGCUCUCGCCGCACCGCGUGCCCUCGGGCCGCUCCCUGCUGCGCCCCAUACGGCGGCGAGCGCCGCCUACCCUCCUCCCGACCUCACCUUUCGACCUUCCUCUUCUCCCCCUUCCUCCUCUACCGCCUUCCCUCCUCUCGCCUUCCACGGCACCUCUCUCCCUCGUCUCGGCUUCGCCGGCACCUUCACCAACGCGCCCCCGUCAGCGGCGACCCGGCGCCCCUCGGACCGCUCGAUCCGCGGCACCGUGUCGCUCACGCCCGAGGGCCACGUCAGGUGGCAGUACGUCAUCCGGUACUCGGGCGUCGACCAGUGGGCCAUGAACGGCGUCCAGGUCGGCGGGCCAGGGAGCAGGUACGGCGUGCUCGGCGUGUGGACGAGCGCCGACCGGGCCGACGAGGGACCGUGCGGGCCGUUCUGGUACUGGCCACACCGACCGAAUACCGACUCUCUCGACGGCUAGCCUCGUCGUCCGCUCCUGAGCCUCUUCCUCCUUCUCAGAGUCCCUUGUAGCGCCCCGUGCCUCCUCUCGCGAGCUCUCUGUAUCGUACACGUUGCCUCGGAC